GUUAGUAUAAAUACCUUAGCAGAUUGCCAUUAUCAAACAUAUCAUAAUCAUCAUCAAAACAAAGCUAUCAACUAAAAAAAAUGGCGACGCGUUUUAUCUUCCGUAGUUUCACAGUAGCAUUGCUCGCAUUGCUCUCCGUAAAACAAUGCGUAGCAUCAACGGGGUGGCUACGAGCCCAUGCAACUUUCUACGGGGGAAGUGACGCUUCUGGUACGAUGGGGGGGGCGUGUGGAUAUGGAAAUUUGUAUACCGAUGGUUAUGCAACAAAAACUGCUGCAUUGAGUACAGCAUUGUUCAAUGAUGGGAAAUCAUGCGGUGGAUGCUAUCAAAUAGUGUGUGAUUCAACUCAAGAUCCUCAGUGGUGCCUAAAGGGGACUUAUAUUACUAUUACUGCUACAAAUUUCUGUCCGCCUAAUUAUAAUCUUCCCAGUGAUGAUGGCGGAUGGUGUAAUCCUCCUCGACCUCAUUUCGAUAUGUCGCAGCCUGCCUUUCAGACUAUCGCCAUUUACAGGGGCGGAAUUGUGCCCGUUCUCUAUAGAAAGGUGAACUGCAAGAAAAGUGGAGGCAUAAGAUUUACCAUAAAUGGAAGGAACUACUUUGAAUUGGUGCUUAUAUCAAAUGUAGGAGGAGCAGGAGAUAUUUCUAAUGUAUGGGUAAAAGGGUCAAAGUCCAAUAAAUGGGAGACCAUGUCAAGGAAUUGGGGUGCUAAUUGGCAGAGUUUAAGCUAUCUCAAUGGCCAAAGUUUGUCCUUUAGAGUCCAAGCUAGCAAUGGGAAGAUCAAAACCGCUCUUAAUGUGGUUCCUUCCAAUUGGGUUUUUGGUCAAUCUUUCAAAAGUAAUGUUCAAUUCUAAAAUUAAUAUGAAUAUGUUUGUGUAUCAAUUGGCUUUCAUUUUUAUUUCUAUAAGGUUUAUAACACUAUGUAAUUAGAUUGGUUGUGGCUUAGCUUUGUGCACUAAAGCCCACCAAGUAAUAAUAAAGUAUUGUAAUUUGCAUGCAA